CUUCCUAGAAUGCCCAGGAUCAAGCUGAUAAAAGGACUAAAAUACCCUCAAAUCGAUUAAAAUUCCAACUUUUUAAUUAAAGCAAGCACUCGCAUAGCGGGUCGUGGCGUUCCUCAUGUCUGUCGAGAGUCUCCCCAUUCUAUUGCUUUUGCCACGGCGCCGCUAGUUGUACAAUCUGCACGAACAAAACACAAGGACGGCGACGACGACGAAGAAGAAACAAGCUACAGCCCUUUUUCCUUUUAAAACUGCUCUAAAAAACCAAACUUCGCUCUCAUUUACCAAAGAUUAAACAAGAUGCCACGGAAACCAACCAGGCAUCAUAGACUGUUGCCAGUUCAGCCUUUGACUUUCUCGCCAUUUGCUCGUUCUGUUGCUCGAGUUGCCACUGCUUACCUGGUUAAGCAUUACUUGCGUGAUGCCCCACUGAAAUCGGCAGGUGAUGAAUUUAAGGAGAAGUUAGAAAAGGUAGACAGACAAUCUGAGUCAUCUGAGGAUGAAGAAUUUGAUGGAGUUGUCCAAGCAGAUUUUGCCUUCUUUGAUCCAAAACCUGAUGACUUCCAUGGUGUGAAGACCUUGCUACAAUCCUACCUUGAUAACAAGCAAUGGGAUUUGAGUGGUUUUGUAGACUUGAUAUUGGGACAAACCACUGUUGGAACUGUAGUUAAAUUAGAAGAUGAUGAAGACAAUGCUGUUUUUUCUGUAAUUACUGCCCUUAACUUGGGGAGAUAUAAGGAUCACAAGUGUAUUGCAGAGCUCAAGGAGUUCCUUCUUAACAUAAGCCAUGAGAAAGAUAAAAUAGGAAACUUGAGAUCACUUUUGGGAGAUAAAGCACAGAAUGUGGGUCUCCUGGUUUCCCAACGUGUGGUGAAUCUUCCUCCUGAACUCUUGCCACAUCUUUAUGAUGCACUGUUUGAUGAAGUCUCAUGGGCUACAGAAGAUGAGCCCACAGAGGAUAUGCGUAAGUCCUUCCACUUCAAGUUUUACAUAGUAGUAAGCAAAAUUUACAAGCGCAAGAAUGCAAAUCAGAAAAGGCCUUCAACCACUGACAAAGAUGAGGCUCUAAUAUAUAUUAAGCCCGAAGAGGAGAUUUUACAUAAGCUGAGCAUGUGGUCCUUCCUUUUUCCUUUGCAAACUCAGCAGGUUGCAACUCAUGAGCUAAAAAAUUACCAGUUAACGGGGAUAGUCAUGGCUGUCAAAGCGGAAAACAUUUCCUCAUUCCAACAGCAAUUGCAUACUUUAAUAAAUGAAUCUUGAGUCUAAUCGGAAGAAUGCAAAAGUUUUGAUACUGUAACGACUGUGUUUUUAACUUGAAAGAUUUUGUCCAAAGGUUGUUGUUCUGGUAAAUGUUCAAGAUGCAACCUGAUAAUGGCUGGCCAGUUGGGGGAAGGUAGGAAUCAUCUGUUUCAAGAGUCCACAAUUUUGUCAGGAUAGCAGACAUUUGAAACUGAUUUAGGUUACAUUUUUGUUAGAAUGAAAUUUUGUCCAGUCUCUUUGGCCUCAUGGCAAAAGAGUUCUUAAGAGGACUAACGGUCUUGGUUUCGACUUUCAAACCAAGACUUCCUACCCUUUCCCAUGGGCUAUGCCUCUCAUCCUAUGUAAUAUAAAGCCAGGAUAGCCUUUUCUUUUGAUUCCAUCUUAUGGUGGUGUUAUUUGAUUUCAUGAAAGGUGCCACUUGAUAUUUUUCA